GCUAUUCAGUAUAUGAAGUUGGAGAACAAGUUUUCAGCUCAAUAUUCAACAAGUUUGUGGUUACUUAUGACUCAGUAGCAGACGAGGUAAACUGUCAAUGCUUAUUAUUCGAGUCAAGAGGGAUAUUGUGCCGUCACGCACUAAGCGUGUUAAGCUUUGAACGAGUAAGCCAAAUGUCACCUAGAUAUAUACUGGAACGAUGGAGCAAGAAGGUAAAGAGGCGACACACAUACAUCAAAGCAGCCACGACGAGCCACUGUUGGAGCCAAGAAGCAAGAGGUUUGACAAAUUAGUUUUUCGUUCGCAAAAUAUUUGCGAAUUUGCAUCAGAAUCGGAUGAGCUGACUGCAAUUCUGUACCGUGCGUACGAUAAGGUCAUGGUUGAGAUGGAAGAAUUGAAAGCCAAAAGUAAGGGUACAUCUUCUUUAUCUCCCAAAGACGCCAACUUGGAAUCCGUUAACGAGCUUCAAAGCCCUCCAAAGAUUCGAACAAGAGGAUGUCCAAAAAAUAGACUAGGUUCAAAGUUGGACAAACAGAUUGCAAAUGCCUCAAAGAAGAAGAAAAUGAAAGCUUUAAACGAGUUAAACCUCUUUGAUGCUGCAUCAGUGGUACAUUCAAAUUCCAGCCAAUAUUAAGGACGUGUUAUGAAUUAUCAGUUCAGGUUACCUACAGCAGCGGAUAACUCUUUGGGUGUAUAGUUACAGAAUAU